AACACAGCCAUCAAGAAAACCUGUGCGAGAACACGUCGUUCUCUUGUUUAUUUCCCUUGAAAAAAGUGUUCACCGCGGCCUCUGUAAGAAAUAACUAUGGCUCGAGGCCACCAGAAAAUCCAGUCGCAACAGAAGGCGCAAGAGAAACAGGCCAAAAUGAAGAAACAGCAGGGGCACGGGCUGAGCGACCAAAUGAAGGCCGCACAGAAGGCGCUCGUGUUUUCCUGCGCCGUUUGUAAAUCACAGAUGCCCGACCCGAAAACGUACAAGCAGCACUUUGAAAACAAACAUCCCAAAAAUGACCUACCGGCGGAGCUAAAGGACGUAUAAAAGAAACUUUGGUCAGCCAACCAACAGACAGACCUGUCGUUCCUCCAAUGUAUGCGCCGUGUGGCAGUGAAGCGGCGCAUUCCCGGUUUUUCUUUCCCUCAUGUUCUCAGUGACCGCACGCAGGGUGUUGUAUUUUCCAAUCAAUCCACGUGCUUUCGGAACACAGAAAAAAGUAGACAAUUUACUGCACGCUCCCGACGAGUGUACUGAUAAGUGGCCGCGCAACUGAUUUGUUCCGAUUCCUCUCGGGGUUAUGCUACCAAUUUUUAAUCCAAUUACAAGCACUCUUUGAUAAUCGUAUGAUAAUGAAUAAACUAAUACAGACGUUGA